AUGACGUUCGCUUUAGCACUGGUAGUGGUGUUCGCUUGGAGUGUCCAUGCUGGCGAGCCUGUUUUCGAUCCAAGCACUCUCAUGCGGCUAGUGCUGGUACCAGCAGACGCGGCCGUCGGCUCAGUCAUUUACCGCGUCAGGGCCUCCGAUCCUGAUUUUGAUUAUCCAUUGCAUUUCGAGCUCAUUGGUCAAAUGGGUCGCUUAGACAUCGGCAUCGAGACACUCCCUUGCACACGUUACAACUCCGUGUGCCAAGCCAACGUGAUCCUCCUCCGGAGAUUGGAGCCAGGACGCUACGUGGACUUCAGGUUGUCGGUCAGAAAUACCAGAGGACGAAGCAAUCGCAUCGCCUGUUCCAUAACCGGCACUAAUGCGACAACACCAAGGGACACGAUUUUCCCUCAUCAACCCAGCAUAGUGCUAGUACCUGAGGAUGCGAAACGUGGUACAGAACUCGAGAUUGUUAUUGCCAGGAAGAACCCCCUGUCACCAAAACCUUUGGAAUUGGAGCUCUGGGGUUCGCCUUUAUUCGCCAUACGCCAACGCAGAGUUUCAACAGAAAACACCGAGGGAACGAUAUUUCUGAUUGGACCGCUAGACUUCGAAGCGCAAUCGAUGUACCAUUUGACACUCCUGGCCGUGGACCCAUACAUCGAAGUGGGGAAGGAUACGCGGAAUAUUGCCGGCCUAGAAGUAGUCGUCGUAGUUCAAGACGUACAAGAUAUGCCGCCAGUUUUUACUUCAGCACCUCCAAUAACACAUUUACCCAAACAAGUUGGUCCGGGUGAUAUGAUAGUCAAAGUUCGAGCUGAAGACGGAGACAAGGGUGCGCCUAGGCAGAUCAGAUACGGCUUAGUGUCUGAAGGGAACCCAUUUACACCAUUCUUCAACAUCAAUGAAACUUCAGGCGAAGUGACUCUUGAACGCCCAAUUGAGGAGAUAGCGGCGAUUUCUCAUGCCGGUGCACCAAUCUUAUUAACAGUGGUCGCCGAAGAAGUAAGGCUGUCUCGAGAGGAACCCGAAGCGAUGUCUUCCACUGUACAGCUUGCCUUCAUUCUACCUGAACGAGAUAAUUCUCCUCCGUACUUUGAAAAUCAAUUUUAUAUAACUUACCUAGAUGAGAACGCACCCCAGGGAACGGCACUUGUAUUCAACGACCCCUACAUUCCGCAAGUUAACGACAACGAUGCCGGCAAGAAUGGUGUCUUCGCACUAUCUCUCGUCGGCAAUAAUGGGACCUUCGAAAUAUCACCGACCGUUGCAGAGAGACACGCGCAAUUCCUCAUCAAAGUACGAGACAAUACAAUGUUGGACUAUGAAGCACGAAAAUCUGUCAUAUUUCAGAUCACGGCUCAAGAAUUGGGUCCAGCCACAAAUUUAUCGGCGACAGCCAAUGUAACGGUUUACUUAAAUGACGUAAACGAUAAUCCGCCCGUAUUCUUGGCGCAAUCUUACGACGUGGAACUGCCUGAGAAUGUUACUGCGGGAACUAGGGUUGUCCAAGUAGCGGCAGACGAUGUAGACACGGGAGCUUUUGGAAAGAUCCAAUUCACUGCCAUAUUAGGGUACUUGAACACGUCGCUACAUUUGGACCCUUUGUCUGGGUUGAUCACCGUUGCGACGAACAAUCAUGGCUUCGAUAGAGAAGCAAUGCCAGAUUUGCAUUUUUUAGUAGAGGCUAGAGACAAUGACGGAGUAGGUUUAAGAGUUACUGUGCCAUUAAUUAUUAAGUUAUUAGAUGUAAACGAUAACCCACCAGAAUUCGAAAGAUCGCUGUACGAGUUUGUCUUAUCACCGACUUUGAACAACUUUACGUCUCAAGCGUUCGUCAAGGCUAUAGAUAAAGACGCUGAGCCACCAAAUAAUGUAGUAAGAUACGAAAUCAUUAAUGGAAACCUCAACGGUCAGUUUGCUGUCAAUGAAGAAACAGGUGAACUGUACUUACUGCAAAAACUAAAAAGAACAAAGAAACAAAAUGUAAAUAGAAGAAGACGUCAAGCAGACUCUCAACAGGAGAGCGACGUUUACGUUCUGAAUGUGCGAGCUUACGACCUCGGAGUUCCGAGAUUAUUCUCUUCGACUUUGGUGAAAAUCUAUCCUCCGGAAAGCAAAACAAGGACAAUGUCAUUUAUAGUACCCGGGGCUGAUCCGGAUAGAAAAAAAUUAGAAGAGGUUCUCAGUACGCUGUCCGGAGGAAAAGUCACGAUAAUCGAUAUCAAACCAUAUACAGGAGGCGAUGGUGCUGCUACAGAUUUAAGCGGCCGAGAAUAUCAAGAGAAAAGUGAAGUGAUGGCCAUAGUACAUACAACCGGAAGUACUGCAAUCAAUGUAGCAAAACUCCAAGAGCAGUUAGCGAAAAAUAUGACAAUAUACACAACUGGCACUGGUUCUAGUAACGGUAUUACCAAUACAGGAAGUAAUAAUGAAAACGGCCAAGCAUCCGAUGAUAGUGCAGAUUCGAGUAUAUACAAAGCAGAGAGCCGCCUACUUUUCUGGCUCUUGAUACUUUUAGCUAUACUAGUAGCUCUGGUACUAUUACUAUUAAUAUGCUGCUGCAUUUGUGAAGGAUGCCCACUUUAUAUGCCUCCUAGGAAAAGAGUGAUACGUGUCAACUCCACAGAAGACGACGUGCGUUUAGUGGUCCGGGACAAGGGACUUGGGAGGGAAAACAAGAACCAAAACAUAGAGAAUAAAUCAAUUCAAGCAACAGAAUGGAGAAAGAGGGAAGCGUGGAGUGCAGAACAAGCAGACUUGAGGACUAAACCAACACAAUGGAAAUUCAAUAAAAGAAAUUAUCGUGCAAAAGGACCGUCUAAGCCGUCUUCGACUCCUGGUGGUGAUAUACGUCAAGAAUUUGUUCACGCUGCAGCUGACAAUGAUUACAAAUACGACGGACAGCAAUCGUUUCGUAUGAGAGAGGGACCAAACAUUAUCUACACUAAAGAGAUGCAGAUCGAACAAGCUUUCACAAAUAAACACAAAGAGUAUAUAGAUGAUCUAGAAAAUGGCUACGAUAGAAUUGCUACUUUACAUCACAACAGAAGGGAUCAAGAUAACGAUUCAAUGCGUAGGCAUGAAAUAGAUAGAGGUUCUGAAGUCGACGUUUAUCUUAAAGAUGGUGAAGAAAGAGAAAAAAAUGAAAAACAAAAGCAAAGUUUUCAAGACAAAGCACAUGCUCAAUCCUCAAUGGGUCGAGAUCAAUAUUUUAUAAAAGAAGGUAACACUGAAAUUCUUCGUUUAGUGACUAGAGGUAAAAAUGAAGAAGAAACAUAUGUUAAUUUACCAGGUCAUCAACAAAGACCGGUUACGUUAAUACCUCACACUCAAUAUGUUGUGGUAGAUAGUGGUAAAAAUUUACUAUUAGAAAGAUUCAUUAGAGAACAAGGCGAAGAAGCAAAAAGUAUGAGAGAAAGAAUGGAAAAGGUAACGGAUUUAGAUAAUGUAUCUAUGGGAAGAGAUGCCAAAAGUAUCGGUCAUGUUUCGGGAGCAGCUGAGGUUACUCAUCACUUUCAUGACUAUUCAAAUAUACCUCCUGAUGUCCCUGGCGCGGUCCCAAAAGAUAAUUAUUUCCAGUCAGCUCUACUUCAAAUGCAAAACAAAUCAACAAUUCAUCAAGAGCUCUUAGAGUCAUCGCUUCGAAAGCAAAAUGAACUAUUACAUCAAAUUUUAAUCGAACGCGAAAGAAUUUUACAGAAUCAUGAAACCGCUUCCCAAGUUGAAAAUAAAUUAGAAACUCAGAGCUUACCGGGCCACUCCGUAAUGGCAACCCAAACUGAAUGUCAUAUUGGAACGCAAACUGAACCACAACUCCUACAAUCAACAAGGCGAAAAGCUAGAAGUGACAACGAUUCCUACAGUGAAGAUGAGUCACAGAUAGCAUUACAAGAUGAUCCUAAAAGUAUAGCUUGGGUUAAAAGAAAAAAACCUAAAAAAAAGCUACGACAUAAAGACCCGAGGCGAAGUAUACGAAUAUAUGAUUUAAGGAGAAAAAUUAAAACGCCGAUUUACGAAGAAAGUGAAAUAUCUCCGUCAUUAGAAAGUGAGAAAUUCGUUAAAAUAAGUAAAACUAAUGAAAGAGAAGAACACAUUAAAAAUUACGGCGACGUUACCAAAAGCUUUAUAACAACCUCGAAAAAUGAAACAGUUUGUUCUACACAAAUCAAAAUCUCUGAUAUUGAUAAAAAAACGAAUUUACGAAAAGAAGUUUUAAUGGAAAUUUCAGACUCGUUGGAUGAGAAAAUCGAUUCGGAUUUAAGCGAAAAACGUCUGCGAUUGCAAAGACAGGCAGCGCAGCAUGAUGAUGAUACUGGUAGUUCAAAGCUCAAACUUUCACUCAGUCCCGAGGAAAACAAUAAAAGUAGAAGCAGUUCUGCCUCUAAAGAUGAAAGAAACAAAGUUUUUUCAAGACAAGGUUCAUCGACCGAAGCUCGCGAAGAAGCAGAGCUCUCGGCAAGAAUUAAAACACCAGAACUUGGUGAAUCGUCGUCACAAAGAAAAACUACAAACAGCAAUGAGUCUGGUAUUCAUGGCAAAAAGAAAGCAGUGGAAGAAACAAGUAAGACAUCCGACAGCAAAACUUCACAAAAAAGUUUACCUCGCUAUAUGCAAUGGUAUGGAAAAAAGUCCAGCGCCACAUCCAAAGCCACUGCCCCUGAAAAAGUAAUACCGAACAAACCAAAAAGAAUAUCGAAAAUUAAGACUGACCAAGAUGAAAAAGAUCGUUCCGGUAGGUACGGAAAAAUUUUAAGCAAAGAAACCCACAGUGACAACGCAGAGCUAAAAAAAAACUCCAAAGGAAAAGAAAGUGAAUUCAUUCAUCCGCGAAUCUUAAAAGAAGGUAAGGUGACUCCUGUGCCUGAAGGACCGCUUCCAGAUGCGCACCCACUCUUACAACAUUCCGAACACAGAUAUGAACGUCAAUACGAAAACCAGAAUCCACUGUGUCACGUUCAACAAACACACAUUCCAAAAUACUUCGGACAACACAACGUUCCAAUAUUACCUCCAAGACAAUCUGUAGAACAGCCGAUAUACGUGAAUCAAGACGACGUCAAAACAAAGGUAAUUAACCAAGACAUUGCAGAAAGUGCGUUAACUCACAGUAUUUCAAUAUCUACGAACUAUGACGAAGAUCGAAAAAUUUCUUCCGAAGUACAUGUAUCUAAAGUUAACAUUGGAGGAGAUUUGGAUCUCCAGCCAAGAAAUAUUACUGCCUUGGACGACAAUGACUCUGGGAUCGCAAUGAACACAUUAGUUCAACACGCUGGUAAUUUCAAAAGACUACCCAUCACUGAGAAAAAAAGCGUUUUUACUAUAGCCUAUGACGAUGUUCAAACCAACAAUAAACAACUAAGACCAGAUAGCAGCUCCACGUCUUACUGAAGAAUAAUUGAUUUAUAUUUUAUAUAAUAUGAUCCUACCAAAUGUGAUUAGUGCCUUAUUGUUACUAAGCUUACCUAAAACUGAGAGAAACGAAUACAUUCCAUUCCGUCCAGUAUUUUAGCUGAUUAAUAAUAACAAACUCUUAAAAUGUAAAUAGUAUUAUUACAUAAAUAUUUUUAAUUAGGGUAAUAUUUUUGUGAAUUCUGUUUAACAUGACUGUCCAUAUAAGUAAUAAUCGUUUCUUUGUGUAAAUAUGAUUGUUAUUGUAAUAAGAUUACCAUAGUAAUAUUUAUAUGUUAAAGAUAUUGUAGUUUUAAUAUAUUUGUAACAACAACAUAAUUUUUGUAAAUAUUUUUUUAUCUCUCCUAGUGAACACUGACACAGUCGUUUGAUUAUUUGUUACAAAACAUGAAAUUAUAUAUACUUAU